AUGACCAAUAGUGUCGGUCGUUGCACAAUCAGCUCCCACACCAAGCCUGAUAUUGCCAAGCGUCGAGCGGGAGACAAGAGAGAAAGCGCUCUGACCGGAAUCGAUAGUUGGGAUGGCCAGAAAUGUUUCAUGAUUGAGGCGGAGCAACAACACAUUGCACUAGUGCUCUCACGCUUCGAAGUCGCGCGCGUAAAAUAG